UUCACGGAAAACGUAUCAACAUGGCGGCUAUGAAGUUGUCCCGUUUCACAAGCCGGAUUUUGUUGACACGGAGUUUUCAGCUUCUUCCAGCUGCCUGGUGUAAGACAAGAUCAUUUAGCAAUGCAUCUGAGCCACUCACACAAGCUCAAGGCCGAUACAUGGUGACACUGAUCCCAGGGGAUGGAGUUGGACCUGAACUUGUAUACAGUGUAAAAAGAAUCUUCAGUGCUGCUGGAGCUCCUGUGGACUGGGAUGAAAUUCCAGUUAGUGAUAUGAGUUAUGGUAGCAGAUACACACUGGAUGAUGUCGUCCAAUCAAUGAAGAAAACUGGAGUAGGUUUAAAAGGAGCACUGACCACACCAUCAAGUAUCUCAAGUCAAGAUCACUUGUCUCUCAAUCAAAAAAUGAAAACAGAACUGGACUUGUUUGCAAAUGUUGUUCAUUGUAAAAGCCUCCCAGGGUACAAAACCAGGCACACUGAUAUAGAUAUGAUAAUCAUUAGAGAACAAACAGAAGGAGAAUACACAAGUUUGGAGCAUGAGAGUGUACCAGGAGUAGUUGAAAUGAUUAAGGUUAUAACCAAGAAGAAAUCUGAAAGGAUUGCCAAGUUUGCUUUUGAUUAUGCAACAAAGCACAAACGACAGAAAGUCACCGCUGUUCACAAGGCAAACAUCAUGAAGCAGGGUGAUGGAUUAUUUCUGAAAACUUGUGAAGAAGUUUCCAAACUGUACCCCAAGAUCAAGUUUGAAGGAAUGAUAGUAGACAACACUUGCAUGCAGCUUGUUGCCAAGCCAGGCCAAUUUGAUGUCAUGGUAUUGCCAAACUUGUAUGGCAGUAUUGUGGACAAUGUUGGGGCAGCAUUGGUGGGUGGUGCAGGAGUCGUGCCUGGAAAAAGUCUUGGAAGUAACUUUGCCAUUUUUGAGCCUGGAGCUCGCCAUACAUAUGCUGGAGUGGCAGGCAGAAACAUUGCAAACCCAACUGCCAUGAUUUUGGCAAGUGUUGAUAUGCUGGAUCAUAUGAAUCUUGGAUCUUAUGCUAAAAUGAUCAAGGAUGGUCUAGAGAAGACAAUUGCUGAAGGACAGUUAACCAUGGACAUGGGUGGCAGUGCAAGUACCUCAGACUUUGUUCAGGCCAUCAUUGGUAAUAUGUACUCCUAGGAAAUGUUACAAAAGUAUCAAUGCCAUUGCCAAAAAAGAAAAGGAUUCAAUGAUUUGUAAAUUUUUGUUAUAAUUGCAAUAAUUUGAUGGAAUUGCAAUCUGGAUUACUGCAGGACAUUAAAGUUGGGCAAAGUUGCUCUGUAAAAGAAUGUUCUGUGGAGUACUGGGUAAUUAUUUUUCAUGAAAAUAUGAGUUGCCAGUUCAUUUGGAGGCUUUCUGUAUAUAAUAUAGUUUACAGAUUUGAAAAUAAAGAA